AUGCCGGUUAGCAUCCCCCUUAUGUGUACAUUGUUUGUACGAGUGGUUGGCGACGUCAGAGAUCUGUGGCAGGUAGCAUGUCUGGUAACCUGCCUUGUGUUUGGAUAUGGGGUCCUUUGCUGGAAAUUUCCCAAACACACAGAGGAGGAGACCGUUGUACACACACCUUCUGACGCAAAAGUCGAGACUAAUGCAGUCCAUCCAAUGAUGACACCGUCGCGGAAGAGUAAACGGAAACGAAAAAAGAAAUCUUCAAAGGAUCCACAAUUCAAGAAUACACAUAGAAAAGAUGGGACGUCCAGUAUACCUGACAAGCUGCAGGACCAUAACAAGCCGCCAAUAGUUGCUAAUGUCACCAAAAGUAGAAAUGUUAUAGUAGGGAAUCACAAUAUCAUGAAUGUUAACAUAAAUUCUGAUUUUGCCGAGAGUGGAACUCUUGCAUUCGAUGUCAACCCUGUUGUACAAACUAUAAGGCUGAAAAUUGAUAUAGGGCUACGGAGGAAUGGCAAUCGUAACACGCAAAUAUUUCACAAGGCGGAAAAAGAAAUACUGAAAACACAAGGAACCGAAGAAUUCCGCAACGAGUGUUGUGACCGCUACAGCGCCGGUUCUGUAACCCUCACAUGUGGGUGCGUGGAACUGUCAAUGGAGAUCAACGACAAAGCGGGUCUCUGGAGGCUGAAGAGAGAGCUGGAAAAUGGAGAAUUCGUCAAACUUGUACAGAGAACUCUGAUCACGCAGCAGAUGACACAAGUAGCAAAGACGAGAAAUGUCGUUAUAAAGGUCACUAUCGACGACGAACAACUGAAACAUAUUACAACAAUAUUACAGAAAAAAGCUGUAGGUGCCAGUAAAGCUACUCUGUGGAAACGCAUGUUAGAUUCUGGUAAUUCAAAACUUCGGAAUAUUUCUAAGUUCAAAGUCAAGAUACCACGCUGGAUGGUGACAUUAUGUCAUCAAUUUAUGUGUUCAUUGCAGAUACCACGCUGGAUGGUGACAUUUUAUUACGUUCUUUUGACGCUUUUAAUCAUGUUAUUAAUAUUAACACAACUGAUGAAGUCCAGAGACCGGCUUCUUUUUCUCGAGUCGUGUAUUGGUACUGUCGAAGGAGAAGACAGAUGUGUGGAACUAUGGAUUCCAUUUGUUGGUAUUUUAGACAAUGACCAGCCACUUUACUGGUCAUGGUGCGUUCUCCUGAAAGAUAUCCAUUGUAUUGAUUUUCCGUCCUUCUCCUCGUGGAAUGAGCAGAUGUUCCGGCUUGUGGUUACAGAAUUAGUCAUCUUGUCAUUUGUGCCCGUCAUUCUAUCAUCAUCCCGCUACCCAAAGAAAGCUAAAGAACAACAGAUAAGAGUAGCCACGUUAAUUUUUGUCAGUUUCUGCCUUGCAGUCAUAUGGUGCCUAGACUGUACUAUUGUAUAUAUGGGCUUCCGACAAACAGAUCAUUCGUGGUCGAUUUUAGGAAUUGUGGAAUUGCCGCUAGCUGUUACAUUUAUUGUAUCCAUCAUCGCCGCUCGACCGAAGCUUACCAGGGCGUGUGAUUUGUUAGUCUGUGUGUCAGCUAUCAAGUACACCAUAGAAACUUUGAUAGAUGCAAUCAAAGUAACCAAGCUGGUUCUGACAAUGUAUCGUAGUUGGAGUAAUGAUGAACACCUGGUGGUCAGUGCAGUAAUACUUGUGUUAGCAUCAUUAACACGAGUGUGUGUUAUUUACGUGCUGAUACGGAAGCUGCAUCUGUUCCAGGGAGUAAAUUGCAGAGGAAAGACGCAGAAUAAAAAUGUCGUUGAUAGGAAGCAAGACUCCAGGGAGGAAUAUCAACGGAUAAUAUCCGGUCUGGACAACGUAGACUAA